AUGAGCGGCAGGCUCGUCGCGGGCCGCCUUUCCACCAUCGCACGCCGUUCACCGCUGCUCACUCCACGCUUCUACACGACGCAUUCCCUCCCUGCCGGUGGACUCCUCCGCAAUGAAGCCGGCUUGCGGCUGGUGAAGCGACGACCAUGGCCGCUCGGUAGCUACGCGCUGCACAACAUCCCCGCCACACGGUCCAUCUCUUUUGCCAGGGUGAUACCAAAGCUGGUGGGCAAGUUCGCGACCGUGGGUGCGGCUGCUGGAGGGGCUGUCGUCGCAGGGGUUUCCUACAUCCAGUACCAAGCCGGCCAGGCGGGAACAUUCGCACUCGAUCUCUUCCACCGAACCAAAAACGGCGCGACCGAAAUUGCUGGCGGGGCCCUCCGCACGGCAAACGGCUUCUUCGACCAGCUAGAAAAAGGGUUCAAGUCGACCAAGGAUGAAUUUGAGGGCGUAAAGGCACCAGAAUGGCUACAGCGAUUGCUUGCCAAGGACGAAUCUGGUGGUGCAGGAGGCGACAACGGUAACGGCGGUGGGAGAGGGCCAGAGAACCCCAAGCAAGGGGGUGCUCGCACUGCUGCUGCCGGUACGUCAACAGCAGCAGCGUUUGGCUAUUCUCAGGAAGACGACGAGGACAGGCCGCAGGCGGAGAAGAUUGCAAGAGACGACCAGAUGAUGAUGCUCACUAAGAAGAUGAUCGAGAUCCGCGGGCUUCUACAGACGGUAGGACAGUCUGACUCCCUCACACUGCCGUCUAUCGUCGUUAUCGGAUCACAGUCGUCUGGAAAGAGUUCGGUCUUGGAAGCCAUCGUCGGCCACGAAUUUUUGCCAAAGGGACACAACAUGGUCACACGACGACCUAUCGAGCUCACACUUGUCAAUACGCCAGAGGCGCACGCUGAGUACUGCGAAUUCCCUGCCCUCGGUCUUGGAAAGGUCACAGACUUCAGUCAGGUACAGAAGACACUGACAGACCUGAACCUCGCUGUGCCGGCGAGCGACUGUGUGUCUGACGACCCUAUCCAAUUACGAGUCUACUCUCCCAACGUUCCUGAUCUCUCCCUGAUCGAUCUGCCCGGCUACAUCCAAGUCGUUGGUCGAGACCAGCCCCCACAGCUGAAGGAGAAAAUAUCGCAGCUGUGCGAGAAAUACAUCAAGGCACCCAACGUCAUUCUCGCCAUCUCGGCAGCUGACGUGGAUUUGGCCAACAGCACCGCACUGCGAGCGUCUCGCAGGAUGGACCCCCGGGGCGAGAGGACCAUUGGUGUCAUUACAAAGAUGGACCUUGUAGAUGCUGAACGUGGUGCCAGUCUGCUCAGCGAUCAAAAGUAUGCUUUGCGUUUAGGAUACGUCGGUGUUGUUUGCCGAGUGCCAGCCGGCGCUGGUGGUUCCAAGCUCUUCAGUCGCGGCAACGGCAACAUCACGAACGCGAUUACGAAGAACGAAAAGGCAUACUUCGGCUCGCAUCCCGAGUUCUCGGAAGGAUCAGAGCUCGCCGUUGGCACUCAGAACCUUAAGAAGAAGCUCAUGCACGUGCUCGAGCAGACAAUGGCUGGCAGCCUCAAGACAACAAGCGAGGCUAUCCAGAGGGAGCUCGAAGAUGCACGUUACGAGUUCAAGGUUCAGUACAACGAGCGACCUAUCAGCGCAGAGUCAUACCUGGCAGAAUCAUUAGAUGCUUUCAAGCACUCUUUCCGUGGUUUUACUGAGCAGUUCGGUCGCCAGCAAGUCCGCGAUCUGCUGAAGCAUGAGCUUGACCAGCAAGUGCUUAAUUUGCUUGCACAACGCUACUGGAACAGGCCUUUCGAUGAUCUCAGCGUUCCCUUCCCCGAGACUGAUCCUCUUACAAAUUUGGCCAAAGCCGAUAUUGAUGGGGAAGACCAAAUUUGGCAAAUCAAGCUCGAUAGCUCGAGCGCUGCGCUCACCAAGGCCGGUGUUGGACGCCUGGCAACGAACGUUGUCGCAAGCGCACUCCAGGCACACAUCGAUCGCCUCAUCACGAACUCUCGCUUCGCAGCUCAUCCAUUCGCCCGACAAGCCAUCACUGAUGCUUCAACCUCCAUCCUUAAAGAUCUUUCCUACGACAUCUCUGAUGAGUUGGAAAUCUGCAUCAAGCCCUACAAAUAUCGCAUCGAAGUUGAGGACAAUGAGUGGGCAAAGGGCCGGGAGAACGUCACUGCCGUGCUCAAGGAUGAACUAAAGACUGUUGAAGCCGCCGUUAAGCAGCUCGAAGAACAGGUCGGUGGCCGCAAGAGGGUCCGGGACGUAAUGUCAUUUAUCGAUCGCGUACGCGGCGGACAAGUUGUCCUGGAAGGCGACGGAGUCGGUGGUGCUGGUGGCUUCAGCUCCGCACUUCUUGCCAAGGGUCGAGAAGCAGUCUUCCUCCGCGAUCGUAUCGACGUGCUCAAGCUGCGCCUCAUGGCUAUCAAGAGCAAGCAAUGCGCCACCAAGAAGAACAAAUACCACUGCCCAGAAGUCUUCCUCGAUGCUGUUGCUGAUAAGCUCACGACGACUGCUGACCUUUUCCUCGACGCUGAGCUCUUAAGCAAGUUCUACUACAUUUUCCCACGUGAGCUCGAUGCCCGUCUAGGUCGCGGCCUCUCCCAAGAAGAAAUCGACCGUUUCGCCAAGGAAGAUCCCAAGAUCAAGCGUCAUCUUGAUGUGGUGCGUCGCAAGGAUCUCCUCGAACAUGUGCUCAAGGAGAUGGAGGGUCUGCGUCAACUAGAACAAAGAGAGAAGCGCAUGAUGGGACGCGGCCGAGAUGACAGAUAUGAGAGGGAUGAGCGAAGGAAGAAGGGCUGGAGUAUGUUUUAG